CCAAACCAACCGACCUUGAUUUUGUUUUUAUCUUGUCUUUGCUUUCAGAAUCAGAAAUUCAGAUAAUAUUAUAACUCCAUUAAUUAAGUAGUAAUGUUGAAGUUAAACAAGAUAUUUCUUAAUUCGUCAUCAUUAUAUCUUACAUAAUUCAGCCCAAUUUUUUCAAUAGACUGAAAUUCCUUGUUUUCUUUCAAUCUUCCAAUUUCUGUUGUUUUUUGAAUCUUCCACAUUGACGUUUCGUAUGAAUGAAGGAAUGUAAAAAGCAAAACCUCUUACCAUUAUUUAUAAUCUAAUAAAUUCUGUUAUUUAACUCAUAUCAAAUUAAUUUUAUUAGGAUCGUUGGAAAAAGGUCAAGGAUCAAGCACCAUGCCGGCAGCCAAUCUAAAUAUAGCAGUUGUUUGUUCCAGCAACAUGAAUAGGAGUAUGGAAGCUCAUGCGUUUCUAAGCAAAAAGGGCUUCAAAGUCCGCUCAUUUGGAACUGGUGACAAGGUGAAAUUACCUGGAACUGGACCCGACAGGCCAAAUGUAUACGACUUCAGUUGCACCUAUGAUGAAAUCUACCAGGAUCUCUUAAACAAAGACAAAACUUUCUAUACUCAAAAUGGACUACUCAACAUGAUUGACAGAAAUAGGAGGAUAAAGCCAAAACCAGAAAGAUUUCAGCUGUGUAAAGAAAAGUUUGACAUUGUCGUUACCUGCGAAGAGAGAGUUUAUGACCAAGUAGUGGAAUAUUUUGAAAAUCGUUCAACAAGUGACAAUGCUUCAGUACAUGUUAUCAAUGUAGACAUCCAAGAUAACCAUGAGGAAGCUACGUUAGGAGCUUUUCUAAUAUGCGAGUUGGUUACAUUAAUGACCAAAAGCGACGACCUAGACAACGAUAUCGAUGAACUUCUUAACGAGCACGAAUCCAAGUGUCAGCGUCCAAUUCUUCAUUGUGUGCUCUUCUACUAGCAUUCAUGCAUCCUUCACAACUACUUCUCAAAUUUAUGUUAUAGAUAUUUUAAAGAAAACUUUUCUUUUAAUGGCAUGGUAUUUUUUUUUUUCAUUUUAAUACUUGUUAUAACAUUGUUAGCUUGGCAUUUCAACUAUUUUAUCAUACUAUUCAAGUUAGUUAUCUGUGAUCCUAUUAUUUAUUCUAGUUUUAGUGAUUUUUUUUAAACUAACACUGGAUGACCAAUGUAAAUGAGAACGUGAUCAUAGUUUAAUCAAGCGCUCAAACUGGGCCACUGGACUUCCAACUAUUAGGCUAUUGGUGACAAAUUAUAAUUUAAUCAGUAAUAAUUGACAUAAUAUUAUUAGACUUGUUAGUAUAAGUCAACUUUUUACUCAACUUUAAUUCUUUUAGCACGUCAUGUAACUUAUUACAUGGGUCCUCCUAUGAGUAUCACCCAGUAUGAGCUGUAAGGCUCUAUUCUGGAGGUAAAAUUUCAAUUUUUUUAAAUUCAACUUAAAAGUGAAAAAAUUUAUUUAAAAAAUUAAAGUGAUAGCUUAUUUUUUUCGAUCAUCGGAGGUGAACCGAUAAUUAAUUUCUGAAUGAUAUAAAUAUCUAAUAAAAUGUUGUAGAAUUGUAA